AUACGAGAACCGAUUCCUCUGACGGUACAACAGUGCCCUAUCUAGAGAAGGUGCGACCCAUAAGGCUUAACUGGAAAAUAAAAACUUUAUGACGACCGCAUGCAUAGCGCUGCUAUCAGGCACUUUCCGGGCUUAUCCGUACCUCGGUCUUUCAUCUUGAUCUUGCUGCUUCUUGUUCCGCCGACCUUGGACCUCAGCGCGCGAUAUAUCGUCGCCACCAGUCCUCCAAACAGCCAUGCUCCCACGAUAAUGCCAUGCGCCUAGCCCACCUGCACAUUCCGCGCCUGAUACCAUAUACGCACUCGCUCGAGCUGCAGAGUGCACUAGUCGAACGACACUUCCAAUACAAAGACUCGAUCCGCGCUGGUAGUCAGGCGGGCAUCAACACUAAGCGCGUUCAGGAUGAGGACGCGAACAGCGCCUCAGACUCCGGCAAUGCGUCGGCAAAGCAAGAGCCCAAUGUCAGCGACACCUUGACCGAGGUAGCAGAAACUCGACAGCGAGGGUCAGACCCAGCUGCAAACACCACAACGGGAACAUCAACGACGUCCACCCUGUCCCCACCCGAUCCAAUCCUCCUUACAUUCUCCACACAUCCAACCUACACCGUCGGACGGCGACACCUGCAAACCAACCCGAUCUCCUCCACGCAACAAGAUUUCCUGACGUCCAAUGGCCUAGCGACAUUCUACGCCUCGCCCCGUGGUGGCCUGCUCACGUACCAUGCCCCAGGGCAAUUAACAGGUUACAUCGUUGCCGAUCUACGCCGGCAUGGCAUCACGGCGCGAUGCUGGGUGAAGCUGCUGGAAGAGAGCGUCAUGCGCACAUGCCUGGCGUGGGGCGUGCAGACUACAAGGACGGAUGAUCCAGGGGUGUGGAUCAAGCAGCCUUCGAUCCCAGCUGGAUACGAACAGACACAAGACGACCAAGAGGGCCAAAACCAAAGUGACCAUAAAAUCUGCGCGAUCGGCGUGCAGGUUUCGCGCGGCAUAACGUCCCACGGGAUAGGAUUGAACGUCUUUGACGCCACGUUCCCUUCGUCGGGAAAAGUCUACGACUUCACGCCCGCUCAAACACAAUCUGCCUCGUACUCUGCACAUACCCAAGGCUAUCUGUCAUGGGGCUUCAGCAGGAUUGUCGCCUGCGGAUUGGAAGGGAAAAGCGUGACAUGGCUUGCGCGAGAAGGAGACCGGAAAGACAGUGACGGGAUCUCACUUGAGGCCGUGGCCGACGUCCUCGCCCGCGAGGUUGCGCGAGGUCUGAAGAAGAUGAAGCGUGAUGGGAAAGAGGGCGUAGACGGUGUAUAUCGCCUCCAGGAAGAGGAUAUACUCUCACACACUGAGUAGUAGCCUGCUAUCACGUAUCGAGAAACAAUAUGUACCUGAACUCGAGGUCUAAAACAAGCACACUGUGCCACGUUUCCUGGAAACAGGCUCAUCGUGUAGAGAAUUCAAGGAUCAACUUCGAAGCGAUAUAACGGGCGUUAAGACGGGAUGGAUGUGGGAGAGUGUUAUUGUUCAAAGUGGAUUUCAUUGUCUCA